GGCGGCGGCUCCUCUCUCCUGCCCUCCCUCUCCUUCUCCCUCUCGCUCUCUGUCCAGUCACGCGCAGAGGCUGGGGUGGAUCUGCGGGCGGCCGCUCUCCGCCUCUUCCUUUUUUUUUUUUUUGCAAAGCCAAACUCUCCGCCCGACGCUCAGGCCGAUUUAGUUGAGCAGCACAAACAGCAGCAGCAGCAGCAGCGUCCCUCGCUGACCCCGCGCGUGCAAAGGCUGCCCGGAGAGGCUGUGGAGAAUCAUGGAUGCAGUCGUUCCUUACAAGGAAAUCCUUCUGCAAUAUUUAAACGAAACAAGAAAUGCCGUGAAUGCAAAGUGUGCUGGGGCUGAGCCCUGGCAACUGGUAACAUCCACAAUUGGUGCUACCCUCCUGGUUGUUUGGCUACACAGGUUCCUCUUCCAACGAGAAAGUUUAACAGCACGAUCUAAAAAGUGGUUCUUCAGAGUUUUACGCAAAUUGCCCUUUAUUGGUACUAUGAUAAAGAAACAGAUGAAUAAGACUAUGGAAGAUAUGGCCAAAACCUUAAGUUUCUUGCAAGAUAAAACGGGUUAUGUCAAAAUCCUGCCAGCAAAAGGCUUGAGCCAACCAGAUGUGCUGAAGAAGAUGAAAGAAUACAGCUCUAUGGGUGAAGUAAACUGGGAAGAAGGGAAAGUGUCUGGGACAGUAUACAGCGGGGAUCAGAAACUCACGAAUCUGCUUGUGAAGGUUUAUGAGGAAUUUGCAUGGAGUAACCCGCUUCAUCCAGAUAUAUUCCCGGGCGUGAGGAAGAUGGAAGCAGAGGUCGUGAGAAUGGCUUGCGCGCUUUUCCACGGGGGCCCCAAAUCUUGUGGAACAAUGACCUCUGGUGGGACUGAGAGUAUCCUGAUGGUCUGUAAAGCUUACAGGAAUUUGGCUUACGAGAAAGGAAUCAAGCAUCCAGAAAUGCUGGUUCCACAGAGCGUCCAUGCGGCAUUUGAUAAAGCAGCUCAUUAUUUUGGGAUGAAGAUUGUGCACAUUCCAUUGACCAAGACGAUGCAAGUAGAUGUUAAGGCAAUGAAGAGAGCCAUUUCCAAGAAUACAGCCAUGCUGGUCUGCUCAGCACCGCAGUUUCCUCAUGGAGUCAUGGACCCAAUUGAGGAGGUCGCAGAGCUUGCAUUGAAAUACAAGAUUCCCUUCCACGUGGACGCGUGCCUGGGGGGCUUUCUCAUUGUCUUCAUGGAGAAGGCAGGGUACCCUCUGAAGCAGGGUUUUGAUUUCCGAGUGAAAGGUGUCACCAGCAUUUCUGCAGAUACGCACAAGUACGGCUAUGCGCCAAAGGGCUCCUCCGUGAUCCUAUACAGCAGUGAGAGAUAUCGGCAGUAUCAGUUCUUCAUUGCCCCUGACUGGCCAGGUGGUAUCUACGCCUCCCCUACCAUGUCUGGUUCCAGGCCAGGUGGCCUCAUCGCAGCUUGCUGGGCGACGAUGAUGCACAUAGGAGAAGACGGAUAUGUGGAAUACACCAGGAAGAUAAUUGCAGCUGCACGCUUCCUCGAAGCAGAGCUGCGGAAAAUUGACAACCUCUUCAUCUUUGGAAAUCCCGAGGUGUCUGCACUUGCUUUGGGGUCGGACAAAUUUGACAUAUAUCGGUUGUCAAACAUGUUAAUAACGAGAGGAUGGAAUCUGAACAUUCUGCAGUUUCCUCCAAGUAUUCAUUUUUGCUUAACCCAAGUGCACACGAAGCCUGGGGUGGUUGAACGGCUGCUGAACGACAUCAAAGAAUGUGUCCAUGAGAUCAUGAAGUUCCCCGAGGGCAAGACCACUGGCCUGGGUGCCAUCUAUGGCAUGGCCCAAGCCAUCCCUGACAGGAAUAUGAUUUCAGAGAUUGCUGGUGUUUACUUGGACUGCCUGUACAGCACGGAAAUGUCUCCUUCAUCUGAAGCACAUGUGAAUGGGUCUCCAGGCCACCACUGAGUCUGUGUGCACUGUCCACUGAAGGAUGGUAUUCUAAAGAAUUCCAGGGGAAGGGAAUGUUGGUCCUCCUGCAGAUCAUAUGGCAGCUUGAUCUCUGUUCUUGUCACAUCUCUCUCUCUGAUAAGCACCGGCUCUGUUCACCAUUUUGUUUAUGUGAGCUUUCAGAGUUAAGUGGUUUCCCUCCCCCCUUUCUAAUACUAACUCCUUGUGUUUCUUCACACUUGCUCACUGCUGCUACUACUAGUCCUCGACAGAACAGCUAUAUUUAUGGCCACUGCGACUCCAUUCUACCCCCCUCAUUCUCAGGUGUUCAACAUCUAUACAUUCCUUUCCUUCCUCCUGGUUGGCUUUUUGUUUGUUUGUGCUGAAUGAUGAGCCACGGGAAAAGAACUGAAAGUGAUGGAAGAGGAGAAAAGGAGAAACUCGUUUGUUUUUUCCAAAUCACCAGGUGUGGGAUUUGCUCUGAAAGGGAGAUAUGAGGUACUUAACUCUGUUCCUUUCCCCCAUGGUAUCAUCUUGCUGCUUUCCUCUUUCUCUGGAUUUUUUUUUUACAGUGCCGCCCACAGCCCUAUUGAGUUGUGGCGUAUCUGUGGAGCAGCUUCAAGGGCAACACACUUACUCAGUUAUCUGAAUGUUUUGCUCCAGCUUAAAAUAAUGCACUCUCAGCAGUGUUAGAAAGCGAUUUUGCGAUUCCUAGGUGCCAGAAUUGGAUUUUGAGAAGUCCAGAGCUCUGCUCUCCUUCCUGUAACUGGCCGUGAGCUUUUAUAAAAGUGGAGAGCACUAACAGCAACUCUUGUUUUUGUUUUAAAUGUAAUCUUACAAUAGCGGACUCUGUUUGGCUUUGUUUGUGUGCUGCGUUGACUGUAAGGUACAUUUCUAAAGAGAGCACUCACAGGUUUGCCUUAAUGUUGAUAGCAUUCCCCCUGGGAAGCCCAGGGAGCAGAAUACCGUCAGUCAACAGGUGAUCCAACUCUUUUGUGGUACUACACUGAAAACCACCUCAGUGGCGAAUCAGCCUCAGGUAUAAUGAAAACAUUCCACUCUCCGUUCCUAUUUAUAGGUAGAACAGGACUUCACAACUGUGUUUUGGGCUACCUGCUGACUAGGAGGAGUGGUCUUAACUUGUAUUCUGAUGCUACUGUGCAUUUCAGUUUGCUUUUAGAAAACAGCUAUAAUCCCUGCACAAAGCUGAGAAAAGCAGGCACCAGUAGCUUCUUCCAAGGCUUGAAGGGAGGGUGAAAGCAGAGUUUUCAGUCGGGACUCGAGCCAUUUUGAUACAGCACUAAGUACUUCACUGGGUCAGUCUCGUGAAAUAUGUCAUUACCUCCUACUUGGUAGCAGUGCUUCCUUUGAAGGAAGCACAAAUGUGAAUUUACAGAAUUGUAGAUUUGUGAAGCAUUGUUUUCCGCCAUUAUGACAGAAUCCUUUUUGUAGCUUGAUUUGUUCAGCGGGACAUAUUCCCUUUUGACUAUUGUGAAUUCUGGGAAUAUUGGCUUAGCGCUCCAUAACCAUCUUUCUGAUUUAGUUUUAAAUUUAGCCAGUCCAGCCAGUCCAGCCAUGCAUACAACUUGGACUUGUAUGGAACUCAUAACGACUUACUACUGUGUGCUGUUCACCACGUUGACAGUUCUGCAUCAUUUAAGAAAGGGAAACAUUUGACCGUCACAUCCUUGUGCAUAAUUCACCCAGAAAUGUGUUCCCAAGUAGUUCUGAUUAUGUUUUAGAGUGGAAUGAAACUCUUUGUCAGUUUCUGCAAGAAAUGAGUUGGGUUUUGCAGUCCAAUCAGGAAGUCGAACAUGUGUUUGCAUACCACUUUUUAAUAUCCUGUAGGAUACUGUCUCGGUACUAUUUUAUUUUGAAUGCAUAAUCCAUGUUUACUUUAUCAUGCAUCAUGUAUACAAUUCCAGGUUUAAAAAUAAAAAAUUUCUAGGGUAGAAAAAAGUUUGUUUUUUUAAAAAAAAUAUUAUUGGGAUUACUGGGAUCGGGGGGCGGGCUGCAUGCGACCAAGCAAAAGGCACCCCCCCCCCAUUUCAUGUGGGGAGCGGUCAUUAUUAUUAUAAAUGUAAAGCUGCAUUCACCGGUAACUUUUUUGCAAAUUAAGAGAAUAAGUACUGAUUCAUUGGGGCCUUUGCUUCCAAAGUAUUGUACAGUCUUCCACAAAUUAUCAAGUAUUAUUACAAAUGAAGGUCUGCUGCCAAAUUGGUUUUUAACUUGGUUUUACAAAAGUGUAAAAUGUGAGAGUACAUUCCAUUUUCCCUUUCAGGUACAGUGGUACCUUGGUGCUCGAACAUAAUCCAUUCCGGGAGUCCAUUUGACUCCCGUAACCGUUCGAAAACCAAGGCGCGGCUUUUGAUUGGCUGCAGGAGCUUCCUGCACUCGUUUGGAAGCUGUGGAGAACGUUCGGCUUCUGAAAAACGUUCGCAAACAGGAACACUCACUUCUGGGUUCAGGAGCCGAUUUGUUCGACAACUAAGCCAUUUGGGAACCGAGGUACCACUGUACAAUAUUUGAGACAAACCCUCAUAGGCGUUGGAUUUACUAAAGGGUGCAAUCCUAUGGCCCCAGGGACCAUAGCAUAGAAUGGAUCUGUCCUUCUGACAUCACAGCUUGGACGUCUCUCCCUUCUGACAUGGUACAAACAGAAAUGGGAAAUUCUAGGAAUUGGUUUGGAUCUGGGGGAUCCAAAAGUCAUCCUAGUUCCCUACCCCACCCACCUCAACCUAGAGACAUAUUUAUUUAUUACAUUUAUAUGCCACCUUUUUCUUCCAAGUAUCUUGAGGCAGUGUACAUGGUUCUCCUCCCCAUUUCAUCCUCACAACAACCCUGUGAGGUAGGGUUAGGCUUAAGAGAUGGUGAUUGGCCCAUGGUCAUUCACUGAGCUUCAAAGCUGAGUAGAGAUUUGAACCCUGCUCUCCUAGGUACUGUUGUUGUUUAGUCGUUUAGUCGUGUCCGACUCUUCGUGACCCCAUGGACCCCAUGGACCAUAGCACGCCAGGUCCUAGGUCCUAGUCCGACACUAACCAUUUAGUUAUGCUCAUCGAAGAAGAAGAAGAGUUUGGAUUUGAUAUCCCGCUUUAUCACUACCCGAAGGAGUCUCAAAGCGGCUAACAUUCUCCUUUCCCUUCCUCCCCAACAAACACACUCUGAGGUGAGUGAGGCUGAGAGACUUCAGAGAAGGGUGACUAGCCCAAGGUCACCCAGCAGCUGCAUGUGGAAGAGCGGAGACGUGAACCAGAUUACGAGUCCACCGCUCUACACCACACUAGCUCUGUAAAGCUGAAAAGAGGACAUAGCAAUGGAGGACAGUCCUGUGCCCUUCCUCCACCCAACAGGAUGCUAGAUAAGGUUGCAGGCUUGCCUUAAAAUCCCACACAUGCACUCAUCCCUUGCUUUUCUCAAAAAGCAUGCGAUCAUUUAUCGUGCUCUGGUAGAGAAAAUGCCUGGUUUGAGUUCAGUCUGCUCAUUGGAGUUCUAGAAUAUGUCCUUCGGCAGAAAGAAGGUAAGACUCGGGUAACGGGACAGAUAAUAAGUUUAUUAUAAACUGCUUAAGUCACAAGCCAGGUUGACUGUAACUAACUGUAUCGCAGGUAGGGCUGGGGUGAUACCUGGUUUUAUCACCAGCUGAAAACAUUGCAAUAGACCAGGCAUCUCCAAACUUCAGCCAUCCAGAUAUUUUGGACUACAAUUCCCAUCUUCCCCGACCACUGGUUCUGUUAGCUAGGGAUCAUGGGAAUUGUAGGCCAAAACGUCUGGAGGCCUGCAGUUUGGGGAUGCCUGCAAUAGACCAAUAUGUCACAAUGUCUGAAAAUAAAAGAUGGAGCUACGUAGAGGCAUUGUCUGGCUUCACGGUUGUCCCCACAGUGUGAUUUUUGCAUAGCACAAACAUACACCAUGAUUCACGAUAUAUUGGCAGAUCAAAAAUUAUGAAACGGAUAUCACAAUAUGGACUUCAAACCAGUUUUGGACAAUAUCUCGCCUACCCCAAAGGUAGCUUUUUACUGUGCUGGUAUAAUACUGCUUGAACAGACUACGGAGUAGCCACACUGAAAUCUGAGAGGCAAUAAACAUGCCAUGAGACAGCUUU